UCAACACACAGUGAUGACGUAUUUUGUACUUUCAAACUUAACAAAAGUUUUUCAUUACGUAUUGUGAUAUAGGUGGAGUUUAAAUAAAUCUGGGUUUCAGACAGUGGGUGACAGCGGACGUGUCGCACGAUGACUAAAGCCAAAACAAAAGGAGUUCGUGGUAGAAUUGCCCAUGAAAUAUACACAUACUGUGCGUUUUGGAUUGCAGUCUCGUCAUUACCUGCAUUGGCACUAUCAUACGUAGUUGUACGCGUUAGUAAGCAUUUAUGGAUCAAACUGCUAUCGAGCCGGUAUCCACACUUGGAGUUCAUUAGAACGGACACAAUCCGAUCAUUACUUGACACUCACAGAAAUCAGGGAAUUAUCAAUGUGCUUCUUUGUAUCAAAGGUAAACACAAUGCGGAGCAAAUUAGAAAUGAACUGUACGAGCACGUGAUCGAGCGUCGCGACAAAGAUGGGGGGCUGAUGUUCCCGCGCCUGCGUCACUGUCUCGUGUCCUGCUGGGGCAACUACGCCUGGGAUGCGCACGUUCCCUUCAGACCUGACAACCACUUUAUAGUGUCGAAUGCCGUCUACCGAGGCAGGCCGGUGUCCGAUUCUAACAUUCAGGAUUAUGUCAGCGAAAUAAUAUCAAAAUAUUUCCCAGGCGACCAGCCACCGUGGCAGUAUAUCGUCAUACCUUGCAUAUCACCAGAUCCCAAAUACUAUAUUCUGGUUCGCGUCCAUCACAUGCUACUUUCGGGAACUAACUCUAUAAAUAUUGGAGAUUUACUGCUCAUUGAACAGCUGAAGCCUGAAGAGAGGCAAAUAACGGAACACGCACAAGCAAGUCCAUUGAACAAGUUAUUCCCCACACCAAAAGCCAUACCAGAACUAUGGGAGAAGAUGAACGAGACGAUGUCAAACGUUUGGAACGAGUUCAUCUCUGAAUACGAUCCUGUGGAAAGUCCUAGAGCGUUAAAGACGAUGCCGGGUGCAUUCCAUGUUGCUGGACUGCUUUUAGUAUCAGCUGCGAACGCGGUCAGGGAACUGAAAAAGAAGAAAUCAAGUGAGGGGACAGAGCAUGCAACAACACCAACUUCUUUCAUCAGAGUGAUUCGACAAGAAUGUAAGAGAAGAAAUCUAACUAUACCUAAGUUAAUCUUAUCACCACUUGUAACCGCUGAUCCACGAAAAUGGCCACGACUAACACUUAGCGCGGCGUUCAGCACAGCGCGGGCAUUACUGAAGCUGCCGUUCACGCUAAAAGAUGAACUGACAGCAGUCAGAGAGCUCAAAUUGACAGGUCAUGUGCAACAAACAAACACUAUCACUUGGAAGUACGCGGAAUUGGCACAAACAUUGAUGAAUGCGACGUUGGAAGCUUGGCGCUGCGCGGUAGAGGUGUACAGAGCGCCGGCUGAGCUUUGGUCGGACACAGUCGGCGCUGACGACGGCAACAGACAUCUCUUACAAACGGUAUCACUAUGUGGACGAAAGGUAGUGUCAUGGUCACGUCCAAUUCCGCGGUCGUCUAUCGAGCGGUCAGGGCGCGCGCUCGGGGUGUCCGCUACCGACGUGGCUCUAUUCGCUGCCACUGACGCGAUACGCGCGGUGUUCGACAGCGCGCAAGUUGAAACCCCAGACUACGUUCUCACUUCCGCCAGGGCUGCUCCCGAGGAGUUCCUCUUCACAUUCGCCGAGGGUGACGGAAAAGAGUACAAGAAGUCGCACACUGGAGGAAUGAUCUGCUUAUCGUUGCCUAUAGGCGCGACGCCGCGUCGUAUCGCAUCUCUGGUAUCCGAAGCAUGUAAAGCGCAAAAGGCACUAUCUGGUGCGUGGGCGCUUCAAGCCCGCUGCGGGGCGUUAACCCGCUCGGUGCCGUCCCCACUCGCCCGGUUAACCCUCAACCUGCUGUCGCGACGAUAUGCGGUCUCAUACGCCGAGAUCAAUGCGCCCCCCGACGCCGCACCACGAACAACAGUAUGGGGUCAGACCGUAGACCACGUCGUGUACUGGAGACCACCUCAAGCGAAUAUCAGUCUGUCUCUGACGGUGAUCCAAUAUUCGGAUACAGUACGAUUAGCUGUGAUGGCAGAUGCCCGUCUGUCCCCCUCUCACACCGUGCCUGCGCAGCGCUGGCCUGUCGCAGUCGAACAGCUGAUCACCAAAAUCAACACAGAAAUCGCCAGAAUAGCAGCAAAAGCGAAUAUAUCCGAAGGAGAAUUACCCACUGUCACCGAAACUAAAACCUUGUCACAAAGUUAUUACUCAGAAGCCACCCUCAAGCCACCGGCAACCAAAUCUUUAAGUCCACCACCGACGCGAGAAAGUUUUACACAAAAAUAA